AUGCCUAAGGAUAGAUUAAAGGAGUUGCAGGAGAGGGCAGCCGCCAGUAGGAAUAUAUUCCAGCCACCGCCAGAUACCGAAAUAAAAGAUCCCGCUAAUCAACCGCUUAUCGAUAAACAAACUGAUCUUAACAUGUUCCUAGAAAGAUGUACAAACCUUCGGGAAAGUCUUUGUAGUUUGGAGGAUGAAUAUAACGCCAUUGUAGACCUUCAUGGAGCUCUUUUAUCAACCCCAGGAGCUGAUGCUGAGAAUUCAGAGAAACUGAAUAAACACUCACAAACGUUCCUUACGAAGGCCGAAUAUAUUCAAAAAAGUUUGAAAAUGCUUACGGAGGAAACUAAGGAUAUUCCAGCAAAUUCAUGUGGAACAGAUCGUCUGAAAGCUGAGCAACCUCGAACCAUCUACAAGACGUUUGAGACAAUAAUGCUGAAGUUUAACAAGGAGCAACACGAAUAUAAAGACAAAGCAAAACGAAAAAUUGCCGAUUAUCUAAAAAUUAGAAACAUGCAGCUGAGCGACGAGGAGAUUGAAGAUGCGGUUUCAUCUGGAAAUCUUUCCGAGCUCACAAAGGGCGUCAUGUUGGCAAUGAAUGAGAAGAAGGCGCUGUACGAUGAUGUGAAGUCUCGAGCAGAUGAGUUGAAAAAUUUGGAGCGACAGAUGGGAGAACUCGCGCAGAUGUUCCAUGAUUUGCAUAUUCUGGUUGUUAGUCAGGGUGAAUUCGUGGACAACAUCGAGAACAGUGUCCAAAACGCCACCGAAUAUGCGAAACGUGCGCGUGGAAAUGUUGAAGAGGCGAGAACCCUUCAAAAACGUGCUCGAAAGAUGAAGGUUUGCAUCAUCAUCGGUGCUAUCAUUGCUGUACUUAUCCUUCUUGUCUUCUUCCAAGCAGCAGUAUGCCACUUCACUCCAAUUUGCUAA